AUGACCAGGAUAUUCCUCUCUGUGCUACUCUCUUGGACCAUCCUGUUCCGUGCCUCUGCUGAAAUAUUCGAGUCGAGUGUCGGCGACAGCUAUUCCAGUGUAUACCCGUUCCUGGAGAAAUGGGCCAGGUCCAGUCACACGAAGAUGCUGACCGUGGUGUUGGACGACUACGGGUACCAGCAAGCUUUCGAUGUUCCUCAUAGCAUCGUUGUCAGCUUGAACGUCUCCAUCAGGGUGGUCAGCCUGAAACACCUGAUAGCCUUGAGGUACAAGAACAUGAGACGCGACUAUCAGACAAUAGAAACCGGGAGCUGCGUAUUGCUGCUGUUCACGAACGUGGACCACCUCAGAGACAUACUCAGUUCGCCGCAUUUAGUCUCGUUCUGGCACCCAGGGAACACGUACAUUCUCCAAGAAAGGAGACGAAGCUUCACCGACUUGUUCGAAUACGAGAAAUUCUGCAAGUGGGCGUUCGAGAGACUCUGGAGGUUCAGAAGGGUUUACAGAUUGCUGCUGUUUGUCCAUGAUAAGGUAAUUCGUUACGACCCUUUCGAUUAUGCAGGUCGUCAGUCGAGGUAUCGCGCUAACAGCAGCUGCGAUUGGUACUGUACCAAGUCGAACGAAGAUCAUUUUUUGAUGAUCAACGAACCCAACUCCACGGACAUCUCCGACUUCUUUGAUAGGGAUAGAAGGGACUUCAAACUUUAUCCAUUAAGAAUAUCCAUCUUCGAGUCGAGCACUAUGUCCUUUCAAGGUGGACAAUUCUCUGGGCUAGACUAUAAGUAUCUCGAAGAGGUUUGUCGAGCGAUGAACGUGACACAGGUCUUCGUGAAGUCCAAAGAAAAAUACGGAUGGGAAGAGAACGGAGUCUUCUAUGGAUCCAUCGGGCACUUGGUCUACAAAUUCGCCGAUGUGUCGUUUAAUCAGUUCUUCCUCAAGGACUAUCUUACCAGACAGAUAGAUUUCACCACGUCAAUUACCAAUGACAAACUGUGCGUCCUUGUUCCCAAAGCUGCACCCAUACCCGAUUGCCUCGUGAUCGUCAAGAUCUUCACGGGUGAAGCUUGGAUAGUAGUGUUAACCGCCCACUUCGUCAUCUCGAUGAUCUACACGAUUCUGAAGAACAAGAGGAAUCGUCAGAUCGUAGAAGCUGUCCGAAUGAGCGGAAGAGCAUUUUUCUGCUGCGAGUAUGCGGUUGAUACGUGUUGCAUUAAAGAUCAAAACGCGAGGAAGAUGGUGCCGGAAACCGUCGAAGAGAAACAAAAUGGCGGCAUGUAUAAUGAACGGCUCAUAUGCGAGAACCAUUCAUCCGAGUUGGUGCAUUUUCAUUUUUCUGACAGAGUGUACCUGUUAGAAGAAACACAAGGCACUGAAUCCACGACGAAAUCGGAGAUGGGCCAUUCGAAGAGGAUCUACCACGUCUUCUUGACCCAUCUCGCGUCAUUCGGGAAAUACUUAUCGAAGGUGGUAUUCCAACUCAUGCAACCUUUUCAGUUGAGCCAGCCCUGGUUCCCAGAGAGGUUGUUAAUGAUGUGCAGCUUGCUACUCAGUCUGAUCCUCAAUGGGAUAAUCACGUCUCAGCUUGCGUCCAGCUUCAGCAAGAGGAUGCACUACGAGGAUAUCGACACUCUGGAGAAGUUGGAGGAAAGUGGUCUCGCGAUUUUGACAGACGCAAGAGAUGUCAUAGACGAUGCAUUAUCUGACACCACGAGUCCACUGAUCAAACGUCUUGGGAUGAGGCUGGAAUUCGCGAACAGUUCAGAAAUCGACAGAAGAUUAUUCGUAGCGAAGGAUGCUGGCUACCUUCACCGAUUCACGACUCUGCCAUUGGAGUACAACGAGUAUCAAAAAGAAAGACUGCACGUGGUCAAAGAAUGCCCGAAGAAUUAUAUCAUAACUAACGUAAUAACGAAAGGAUCCCCGUUUGGUGGCCGUAUAAACAGCAUCCUUCACAGGCUGAACAACGGUGGUUUCUACAAGAAAUGGUACCAGAACACGUACCAGUCUCAGGAGCGCCGGAUGCAGGCCCAUCAGGAGUCCACGAUGCACCGGAAGGUCACGAUCCGCCAUUUAUUUAUCCCCUUCGGGAUACUGUACAUAGGUCUGACGACCAGUGCAAUUGUAUUUAUCCACGAGUACCGGCGAAAGAAGGUGCGGUAA